AAAUUAUAUCGAGAUAUAGAUAAAGCCACACCUGUUGGAUUGAAUACACUUCAUAAUCAGCGAAACUAAAAUGAAUUAAGUAUCUAAAAUAAGUCAUGGCGUGUUCGAAUAAAACUUUCCGUAACGCAAUGACAUGUCAUCACCAAAUUAGGAUUUAUCAAUUUCUGUUUUGUAUGAAACCGCAAUGUACUUUUGGUUUAAGUUGUUCAAAACGUCAUUACAAAGGUACGUGCAAAAACAAAGUUUACUUAUAUGUCCUCCCUUUGAUUCCUUCCUAUGCGAUGAGAUAUCUUUCACGCAGUAACUCUAUAAUGCUUUCCUAAUGAUCGACGUUUCUUAUUUUAUAUUCAUCAUGUAUGUCUUUCAUUCUAGGCUGAUUUACAAGCCAUCUGUCUAAGUUGGAGAGCAGAAAAUGGCAUCAACUUUAUACGAGGUGCGAUUUGAUUUCCGUCUCUUAUUUCAAGUCCUUAUUGAUGAAUGUAUACAUGGCACAGUAUAUAUUUAAUUUUGUCAUAAAUGAACACGUACUUACGGACUGUGCCUUAAUCGACUGUGUAAUGAAAAGACAACGACAACAACAAUAAAUGCGAAAUAUUCAUAAAAUAUUAAUUUACGAGAGACAAAAUUCAAGAGACGCACAAACAGAGUCAAGCGAAAUAAUUAUCUGAGCGUAAUAUUUACUAAGAUUACUUCCUUCUUAAAAAAAAUAAUUUUUAAGCUGAACGUAUUUCGUAAAUGAAAGUAUUGUUAUCUUUACCUGCUCUACAAAAUGAUUUAAGUCCUCCCCUCCAGUAGCUUUCAAAAAUGAUAACCAAUUUUACCUGUCUGCUCAGAAAUCAAUAAACUUCCUUCGAAGUCUUCGAACUUCAAACACGCAUGAAAAAAAGCGACUGAGUAACUUAUCCCUUAGUCACCAUCUAGGUAGAAGCUGUAAAACCAACAGUUUAACAGGAUUGUGGUACAUGUAGCUCAUUUAAAAUUCCAGUGAAUGUUACAUGAUGAAAGCAGUAAUUAGUUAUGUGCACCUAAAGGCAAUUUACGGUUCUAUUGAUAAAGCUAAGUCUUGUAAUGACUACAUUACAUCAUUCUGUGAUAUGUUCAUAUGUCCCAUACGAAGCCCUUUUAACAUUAAAAGAAUGUUUUUAUUAACCCUACUAUUUGCACGUGGAUAAUCAAAUUGAUUUAUGUUCAUCCAUGGAAACUGGAAGUCAGAAACUGGAACUAAAGAGGACUUUUUUAUUUGGAGCCCAAAAUUUCCUCAACAAGAGGCGAAAGGCAGAAGUAAUUUAGCAUUUGAUACACUGCCAUCACCAGAAUAGGCAAUGAAAUCGCGCCCGCGGGCUCACCGAGAAUGAGUAAUUCUCGGCUCUUUGCUCUUUGUUUGUUGACGAUUUCUGAUAACUUAGUGUGACAUCGAUGCUAUUAUUUCCUAGUUAAUAAUUUCAUUAAUUCCUCAAAACCUCCAGGCUUUGCAGUGUAUUAUAACUGUAAGAAGAUUUUACCAAUUGAUCAUGUGUGAGAGCGAAAAAAUAAGUGUAUGCCACCCAAGCAACAUUUGCCACGAGGGUAAAAAGUAAAACAACAUAGACCAAGCAUCAUUUAAUAACUUAAUUUGGAAAAGCGUUUGUCGAGCAUGGUCCAUGUCAGCAAUGAUAGAACCAAACAGAUUUAAAAAUUUACAAUAAGCCACAAUGAUAAUGAAUGAUGCAGUAUUUCAAACCCCACGAAAUAAUUUAAAGUCAGAUUUAUGUCGAAAUGCGGAUUAAGAACCUUGAUCCAGCCCUUUGGUUCCAUCACAACAAUUUUAAUGGUAUGGGGAACAUUAAUGGUAUAAAGAAAGCUUUUAAAUGUUAAUUUAGUCACAAGCGUGGGAAAAUGAAAAUAUCUGAGUCUUCCACGAGGGUUUUGAACCGCCUGUUUCGAACCACGUUUUAAUUCCACCUAUGAAUAAUGCCCCUCCACUCAAAUCCUUGACGGGACUCAAAUUGUUAAGUCUUUCUUUAUUCGACGACCGAGCACAAAAGUUAACGUCUUCAUCAGCCUGAAAAGAAAUAAAUCUUUCAAUCUUGAGAAUAAACUAAAGGUCGGAUUUUCAUUUUCUUUUUUGCAGAACGUGGAAGAUUGGCACUCCAAUGAGGAACGCAAAGACUUACUCUCGUCAGGCGAAGUAGACGCACUUCAGAUCAAAGGAGAUGUUGAAGAAUACGAUCGCGGAUUCGAAGGAAUAUGUCCAAAACAAGAACCACAAAAUGAAAUAACAGAAAUAGAACUGCAUGGUUUGGAUGGAAAUACAAAGGAAAAUGGACACGAGUAUAGUUAUAAAAACGGCAACGAUAUUGAUGAAGAACUCGAUGAAGAUGAGGUUAAUGAUGAUGAAGACACAAUGAAUGGCAGUGAGGGCGACAACAACGAUCAGGACAAAGAGGAAAAUGUCGAGUUACUUGCCAAGACGACCGAAGAAGAGGCCACAUCGUCAGUACCUUAUUAUGGGAAAACUCUAGUAGCUCCUGAGUAUAUGAAAUUUCUUUCCCCCGAAGAAACUUCUCUGGCAGGAGAGGAAGCAGAAAAAGAUUCUUCCCAAAGCACUUUACUGAAUGAAUUCAAAGAUCAAAUCAAAGAGAACCGCAAAGAAGACCAGAGCACAGAAGAAACAUCCGUUCAAACUGUUGAGAAUGAGAAAGAGGCUUUGGAGGAGGACGACUUAAGUUCGUCCAAAGAAGAACUGGACGAAGUUGAAAAUGAUGUUGAAAAAAGCGAAGAUGCAAGACACUCUUGUCCCGUCGAGGGGGUUGAUCAGAGCGAAGAAGACGAGGAGAUAGUUGAGGAGGAAAAAGAAGAGGAAGAAGAGUGGGACGAUUCAAGUAAUGGCUCAAAGUUUACCCCACUGGAGGAAAAGGGUUCCCCACAGCUAGCUCAAGAAGACGACGAUGAAGACCAAAGUGAAAGUGAGGAGCCAGAAAAAGAUGUUGAAGACAUUGGGAUCAAGGAGGAGGAUGAGAAGUUAGUCAACGGCGAGGAUGCAGGAAUUUUAAAAGUGGAACAAACGCUUGAAAAAGGGAGCGAAAUCAGUCCCGGAUUAACUAAAGUAGAUGAUGAAAACAGCGACAGCGACGAGGAAAUAGACAUUGAGCGUGAAGAAUCAGCAGGUCGAAAGCAUUCCUCUUCCCUCAAAGUACACGUUCACUCGCCAACUCCAGAUAUAAGCGAAAUGGACCCUGCUUCCCAGUCGUUCGACGCUGGAGAGGAUGGGAAUGGCGGAAAAGACCAUGUUACCAAUCAACAAGAGACGAUGCAAGAGCAGUAUUUAAAUGAAAUUGACGAAGACGAACAACAAAGAAACUUGGUAAGCAUACCCUUACAACGUUAAUUUCAAUGUAUAUUCACUGAUCAAUAUUAGUGCUACCCCAUAUAUGUUAAUUACGUGUAUGGUAGGUUGAUGUUCACAUUUUCUUGUAAACUUAAAUAUCCUACUUUUACUUGCACUUGAAUUCGAUCAAGGUACGUAAAAAUGAGAUUUUUAUUUAUUCUGAGUAAAUAAGACAAACGAUGAUACGGUAUUGACGCAUUUUUCUCUCAGUGACAUGCGCGUUCUCUUCCUGUAACGUUUGCAGUUCAGUAAACCAGUUGAAACUAAUGAGAUUUAUCAAGAUGAAGAUGACCUAGGACACGAAGCAGUUGAUGGUGAGACCUACCAAGAAGGAGAUUCAGAGGAAAAUGACGAGGGUGGCGAUGAGAACGAGGCGGAAAGCUGUGAAAGUGACCAAGAAGCCGCAAACGUAGUAAAGGACGAGGCGACUGCUACAUCCACAGAGGCGCCGUUGAAAGAAGAAUACGAUGGUAAGUAUCAUAAAGUCCUUGCCAGCAAUUCAAAAAGCUAGUCUGAAUUAACUGAAAAGAAAAUUUUCCCAACUAAACCAGGUAUAGCGUUAGCUGUGUUUGGUAUAUUGCUCUAUAAGUGCUCUUCUUUUCUCCUUAAGUUCAUUUUAGUUUACGUGGACAAGAAAACGAGUCGGACCUUACCGGAAGAGUGAAGGAGCUGGGAAAGAUGUUCGAUGGAGGUGGUCCAGUAUUUCCUUCACCUGGGAGGAAUAACUCCGAGGGAGGUAAAAUUUUAUUUAAACUGAAAUAAGGAUUUGUGAGUAAAUAAAGGUCAAUGUUAAUAGGUUUAACUCAAAAAUAACGCAAACAGGAGAAUUAGUUUAGGUUACUAAGAGACGCAUUUUGCAAUUAUUUCUUGCAGUCGAUGGGUCUCCGAUCAGUGUGCGUAAAUACAAAGCAAUUUUUGAGCAAGACCAAAUGUCGGUUCAGGGUGCUCGAGACCCAGGUAAGCUUCCAUUUAAAACUUUACAGUUGAUGCAACAGCUCUUUUUAUAGUUUCGUAACGAAGUGACGCAAAAACAGUUUACCUUCCUUCAGGACGAAGAGAAGAAUUGAUCAAUCCUCCAAGAGGCAUGGUGAAAAAUUUGCGAGGACUCUUUGAGAACCCUCAAGGCUUUGAAGCAAGGAAAGGGUGAGGUAUAGACAUUAAAAUACAUAAUUAGAGGAUUCUUUUUUCUUUUACUAAAAACGUAUUCGAGUUAAAUCACCAUUCAAUACUGCCAAUGUGGGAUAGAGCGGAUGGUCAGGUCUCUUCCCCCCCCCCCUCUCAUUUGCGUGCAUCAUCCAUUGCAAUUGUAGUUAGAGACCUUAAGAUUUUCUUCAGUCCUUCAAUGCAACCCCAAGCCUUUGCUUGCAUGUCAGAUAAAUAGAAAGCUAGCGUCAUUAAGAAUGUUGCAUGAAUAAGCUCCAAGAAAAAAAUUCUGAAGGGUUAUGGAGGAAAUCUGCCCGUGUCACGAAGGUAAUUACUGAUCAAUGGGAUACCACUUUUGGGAAUUCUUACCGUACAUGAUGGAAGGCUUGCUUAGUAAAGGUGUGAAACUUGUGGAAAUGGGAAGGAAAAUAGGUGCGGGAGGACAAGCGAACAUGGGUCUAACGAUGAUAAGUAAAUAUACCUGAAAUCACUUCCAAAAACUGUUUCGUUAAGUCGGUGGCGAAAAAAUUAUCAACUCUUGGCUCGCUUAGGGAUCAUUGUUUCGCACACUUAUCAUUAUCUCAUUAUAUUUCAGCUGAACGCCCAAUGAAGAUCGGUGGAUAUACCUCUUAACAUGAUAUUUUAUCUAGAAGACAGUUAAGCAAGUAAUAUAAAUAAACUUUAUUAGCAGUAAUCUUUUACAUGGAUAUAUUUAAUAUCAGUAUCCAGUUAUCUAAAAUAACUUUAAGCCAGUGCUUUUAAGUGUGGAGCUUUUAUCACGUCAACUUUUUGUGGCAGGCAGUGGGAUACAUGAAGCGGCGAACAUUUAUGGAGAGAAGCCUUGGAGAUUAAUUUUUAGGCUUUAGUUAAUUUUAGAUAAAGAGCUUCGGGAAUAAAUUUACUUAGAUUUUACGUCCCAGAGAAGUGAAAUAGACCAUAGAACAAUAGCUCAACAAAUCCUAAAAUAAAAGCUAGCAGUUUAGAACUAAUUAAACAAAACCUAGAAAUGGCUCAGUGAAAACGGAAAAAAAAGAAUAUUCAAAAGAGUGCAUAUCAAAAGAUGAGAGACGAUUCUCGAUUUAAAAAAGGAAUUUUGCAGCUUUUUAUGUGGAUAACCGUUAUAGGAAUGGAACCAGUUCGGCAAUUAUCGUCUAAGGAUUUGUCCACAAGGAUCCAUGGACAAAAUAGAAAAAUAAAAUGCAAGAGUAAGGUAUUGGUUCUCUCUUUAAUUUUUGAUGUUUUUCUUAAAAUUAUAUGAAGUCAAAAGAAAUACUUAUGUUUCUUAAAUAGCACGUAAAGAUAAAUACACUUAUGCAAUGUUAUCAGCGUAUCAACUCAUCUGAAUGAGCGAAUAUUAUCCGAGCGAAUAAAAUAUAAGGAGUCUAAAAAGAGUACAGUUAAUGGUUUGAACCCAGGAAUAACAUUUAAUCGAGUAGUCUGAUCGUCCGGGAGAGAAUAUUAAAAAGUACUGUUAACGUUGUCUGGUGUAUAGUGUCUGACAUUUCCACAACCUUAGCGGAAGUCUUCAUCAGCGCCGAGGGUCCACCUUCAUUUUAAGUCUUAUUUUUCUUGCAAAACCGUUCUUGGAAGAGUGUAUGUAUGCGGAAUUUCUGAUUAGAGUAACACGAGCGGAAUCGAAGCCUAGUACAAUUUACAACAAUGUUUCGUAUUUUGAAAACUAACAAAAUGGCCACACGAAAGUUCUAAGGUAAUAAACCGCUACUGUGCCCACAUAACUUCAGAUUUAUCAUCGAAUUUAUUGACGUUAUGGCACUAAUGGAUCGAGUCUGCAGAGAAAACUGCUAUUUUAAAUAAACAAGUGAAAUGAAAGGAAGAACAGCGUAAUAGGUAUCCUCGAUUGACGUGUUUUGCGCACAUUUUUGAGAUAUUUGUUUAAGAGAGAUUGUGGGUUUAAAAGCAGGACGUCCGUGGCUUUAUUCUCAGACAGAUGAGACUCUAAUAAGUCUACUCUAUCUCUUUCUUUUUG